UGCAAGUUUGACGCAAAGCAGCGCCGCCCCGGCCAGAGCCAGACACGUGCUGCGGGCCGAGGGAGGCGAGGAGCCGCCGCGGCAGGAGCAGCUGCUACCGGAGUUUGGCGCGGGCUGGAGCAGGCUGCCCUGGAACACCUUGCUCCGCCAGGGUACCCCGCGCGCACUCCGGGGUAAAGCCAGGGUAGACUCCCCACCUCUCGGCCCUCCUCUUCCCCGGAGAGCUGCGCUGGAGAUCCCCGAGGGCCGGGAGGGAGGAGACGCCGCCGCCGCCUAGCAGAGCCCACAGGGCGGCCCCCGAGGGAGUCAGCAAGUUUCGCCUGAGGGAGCCUCUGCGCGUUUUUGGCCGGAGCGCCCGGGAAGCGCGCCUUGCCGCUGCUUCGGCGUCUUGGGAGUGGUCCUUCCAUGCCGGAGCACGGCGGGGCCCCCAGCGAGGGAGGACCCCGCUGACCGCGGGGCUGGCGCGGGGACUGACUUGGGGGCGGGGGGCUUAGAGGCUCCUCCCUUCCCCCGUCCACGCCGGAGGAGCAGGCGGGCGGCGAUGCUGGCGCCGGCGACGCGCGCCUUGCCUGCUGGCUGCGGAACUUGCGCCUGAGCGCGCAAAGGGCGCGCUGCUGCCCCAGUGGGCGAAGAAGAUGGAGUUGCGGGUCUGCUGCGGGGUCCUCUACUGGCUGCUGUUGCCGCUCUCCCUCCUGGCGGCAUGCCUGUUCCGGUUCAACAGCCUCUCCCUAGUGUACCUUCUCUACCUCCUGCUUUUGCCGUGGUUCCUGGGCCCUACAGAAUAUACCAUGAAAGGUCACACAGGGCGUCUCCUCCGUGCCCUCUUGGGAACCAGCAUCCUUUUCCUCCUUGCCCAUUUGGUUUUCCAGAUAUGCCUGUACACCAUCCCCACCUUGGACCAGCUACUGGGGCACAAUUGCAGCACAUGGGAAACUCUUGCACAGCACAUUGGAGUCACCAGGCUGGACUUGAACGAUAUCCCCAACUCGGUGCGCUUGGUGGCCCCCGACCUUGGGAUUCUGCUGGUCUCUGCCAUCUGCCUUGGUGUUUGCAGCCGCCUGGAGCCAGCAAGUCACCCAUCAGAAUCCUGCCCUGAACAGGAAGAAGCAGCUGUGGAUGGAGAUGAGUCAAAGCCUCGAGGAGCAGCCCAUGCACCGGCUGAGGCCUCCCCAAGGCACCAAGCGCGGCUGGCUGCCCGGCUCCGGGUAACUGCACACUGGCUCUUGAUGGCCGUCGGGAAAAUCCUGGCUAUUGUGCUGCUAGCGCUGGCAGGGAUCACCUUGCCCUCCGCUUUCUCCAGUGUGUACUACUUGCUCUUUGUCGGCCUCUGCACCUGGUGGGCCUGCCACUUCCCCGUCAGCCGCCUGGCUUUCAACACCUUGUGUGUCAUGGUGGACGUCUUUGCCGGAGGCCACCUCAUCUGCCUCUAUGGCUAUCAGACCCCCUUCAUCCAGAGCGUCCUUCCACCCACUGGCCUCUGGGCACGGUUGUUUGGCUUGAAGGUCAUCGUCCUCCAUGUGGGCUGUAGCAAGCCCAAUGCGCUGCUCCUGAACGUCAGUCUCCCCUGGCCUGUCUAUGUCAACCCAGGGAUCCUCCUGCUGCUGUAUUAUGUCCUGGCCACCCUGGUGAAGCUCCGCAGGUCACACUUUUAUACACAGAGAGAGGCCUCAAGCACAACAUCCGAGUUUCUGGAGCUGGAGAACUGGUCCACAGACCAAGAUGGCUUGGCAGAAGAUGCUAAGCCAAUGCUGACUUCUGAGACAGAGGCAUCUGGUGCUGAUGCUGAGGAUUGCACUGUGCAUGUCCUUGGGGAGACUGGGCAGCCAGCCACCAGGAAAAAGGAGCACCGCAAGGAGAAGCUGCUGCUGCAUUCCCUGGGCCAUGUCAUCAUGAACCAGAGUUAUGUUUGUGCCCUCAUUGCUAUGAUGGUGUGGAGCAUCACCUAUCACAGCUGGCUGACGUUUGUGCUGCUGCUCUGGGCCUGCCUCAUCUGGAUCGUUCGGAGCAGGCACCACUUUGCCAUGCUGUGCUCGCCCUUCAUCCUGCUCUAUGGCAUCACCCUCUGCAGCCUCCAGUAUGUUUGGGGCAUGGACCUAGAACCAGAGCUGCCCACCAAGGUUGGCUUUAUGCCCCUGCAGCAACUGGGGCUGGUGUGGUAUGUUCACCCCUGUCUGCACCUGGGAGCCAAGCUCCUUUUCACCCUGACCUUCUGGCUCCUGGUGAGGCAAUUCGUGAAGGAGAAGCUGCUGAAGAAGAAGCAACGGCCUGCCCCCUUGGUGGAGGUGACAGUUUCAGACUCAGGGCCAGACCAUAAGCGAGACAUCCUAAAGAUCCUGGGGGCGCACGUGAUGGCCUUUUAUGCAAAGUUCUGGAUCUUGGUUUGUGCCGGCAUGUUCAUCGUCGUCAGCUUUGCCGGACGCCUGGUUGUCUACAAGAUUGUCUACAUGUUCCUCUUCCUCCUCUGCCUCACCCUCUUCCAGGUGUACUACAGUCUCUGGCGGAAACUCUUGAAGGCCUUCUGGUGGCUGGUGGUGGCUUACACAAUGCUGGUGCUCAUUGCUGUUUACACCUUCCAGUUCGAGGACUUCCCCAUGUACUGGAAGAACUUCAUGGGAUUAACCGAUGAGCAGUUGGCUGAUCUGGGCCUGGAGCAGUUCAGCGUCUCAGAGCUCUUCUCCAGCAUCUUCAUUCCGGGCUUCUUCCUGUUGGCCUGCAUCCUGCAGCUGCAUUACUUCCACCGCCCCUUCAUGCGCAUCACUGACCUGGAGCAUGUCAUUCCGCUGCGGGUUGAUGGCUCACACGCAUUGGGGAAUGAAGAGGCCAGUGGGAGCCGUGUCCUGCUGCAGCCUGAGGACGGUGAGGCCAAAGACCAGGAACCAGAAGCUGAAGUUGAUGCUGCUUCCGAGGAGGGUGUGCCCAGCAAAUGGGGCUUGGUGCUGGAACGCCUGAUGGUGCUGGGCAGGAAGUUCUCCAGCAUCCUUGGCCGCAUCCGAGUCUUCGUCCUGCGUCUGCUGGAGCUGCACAUCCUGAAACUAGUGGCUCUCUACGUCGUCUGGGUGGCCUUGCAGGAGGUGUCGGUGAUGAACUUCGUGCUGAUGGUGCUGUGGGCCUUUGCCAUCCCCUACUGCCGUUUCAGCCACAUGGCCUCGUGCCUCUCCACCAUCUGGGUCUGCAUUAUCAUUGUCUGCAAGAUGCUUUAUCAGCUGAAGAUUGUCAACCCAGAAGAUUAUUCCUACAACUGCACAGAGCCUCAGCCCAACAACACCAAUCUGCAGCCAGAGGAGAUUGGCAACUCAACACUCUACCAGCAUCCUGUCGACCCAGCAAACUGGUUUGGGAUCAGAAAGGAGUACCCCAACCUGGGUUACAUCCAGAACCAUUUGCAAGUGCUGGUUCUGCUGGUCUUCGAGGCCAUUGUCUACCGGUGCCAGGAAUACUACCGUAAGCAACACCAGCUGGUGCCUCCGGUCACCCAGACAGUCUUUGAGGAUGCAACCCGUCAGAACCUGGAUAAAGGCCUGCUAAACUGCAUCAAAUACUUUGUCAACUACUUCUACUACAAGUUUGGCCUAGAGAUCUGCUUCCUGAUGACGGUGAAUGUGAUUGGCCAGCGCAUGAACUUCAUGGUGAUCUUUCACGGCUGCUGGUUGGUCGUCAUCCUGACGCGCCGUCGGCGACAUGCUAUCGCCAGGCUCUGGCCCAAGUACUGUCUCUUCCUGGCGUUCUUCCUGCUCUUCCAAUACCUCCUGUGCGUUGGUAUCCCUCCAGUACUCUGUAUCGACUACCCUUGGAGGUGGAGCCAUGCUAUCCCCAUCAACUCUGUUCUCAUCAAGUGGAUGUACUUCCCAGACUUCUACAUGAAGCCCAACUCCAUCAAUCUCAUGAGUGACUUCCUCCUCUUACUUUGUGCCUCACGGCAAUGGAAGGUCUUUGUGGACGAGCAGACCGAAGAGUGGGUGCAACUGGCCGGUGACAACAAGGAGCAGCUUGAGUCAUUACAGGAGAAGCCAAACCCUGUGCCCAACUUUGUUAACUGCAGGUCUUACCUUGACAUGCUGAAGGUGUGUGUGUUCCGCUACCUCUUUUGGUUCGUGCUGGUCAUCGUCUUUGUCGCAGGCGCCAACCGCAUCAGCGUCUUUGGCUUGGGAUACCUGAUGGCCUGCUUCUACCUGCUGCUCUGUGGCACCGCCAUGCUGCGCCGGCCCCUCAGAGCCCGGCUGAUGCUGUGGGACUGCCUGAUUCUCUACAACGUGACCGUCAUCGUUGCCAAGAACAUGCUCGCGCUCCUGUCCUGCGUCUUCGUCCAGCAAAUGCAGAACAACUUCUGCUGGGUGAUUCAGCUCUUCAGCCUGGCCUGCACCGUCAAGGGUUACUACGACCCCAAGGAUGUGGACAAGAACCAGGACUGUUCGCUGCCCAUGGAAGAAGCUGGCAUCAUCUGGGACAGCAUCUGCUUCUUCUUCCUGCUCCUCCAGCGCAGGGCCUUCCUCAGCUACUAUUUCCUGCAUGUUGUGGCGGAUCUUCAGGCCUCUGCCUUGCAGGCCUCCAGGGGCUGUGCUCUCUUCAAGGCCAGGAUGAUCAAGAGCAUGAGCUUCCACCACCAGGCGGAAAAGAAGUCCUUAGUGCAGCUCAAGCGUCAGAUGGAGCGGAUCCGGGCCAAGCAAGAAAAGUACCACCAGGGACAGACUGCAGCUGACUCAGAAGAGACCCUGGAGACAGAGAGCCCAGAGGCAGGGACCAAGAAGGAGGCUUCCCGCCAGAGGAAGCAGUGGUGGCGCCCCUGGCUGGAUCAUGCCACAGGAGGACCGCGCUCAGUUGAGGGGAGCCCAGAAUCACCUGCUCUGCUUUCCAGCAAGGAAGUAGCCGCUCCCUCUAGGGUGGACAGACGCACUGUAGGGACGAGGGGGCAUUACAGUGUGCUGCACUCGGGAGAUUAUUUCUUGUUUGAGACGGACAGUGAGGAGGAUGAGGAGUCGGUCUUGGAGGAUCAGAAGCCCCCGAAACAGAGCGCAUUCCAGCUGGCUUACCAGGCAUGGGUGACCAACGCCAAGUCUGCGCUGCGUGAGCGACAGCGGCAGGAAAAGGAGCAGCGAAAGGUGGAGCAGGCAGAAGGUGACUUAACCAAAGGGGAAUCCCAGCGAGGUGAAAUGGCAGACAGGGCCAGCAGCAAAGGGGAAGAGGAGGAAGAAGAGGAGGAGGAAGAAGAAGAAGAGGAAGAAGAGGAGGAAGAGGCUGCUCCAGAGAAGAGCAACGUGGUGCAGAGGGUGCUGAACGUCCUGGGUUUCCUGUGGGUGCUGUGCCAGGCCACGGUGGACGGGCUCACCCAGUGGCUGCGAGCCUUUACCAAGGAGCACGAACAGCUGUCUGCCGUGUUGGGACUGGAGAGAUUCGUCCUCACGCAACAGCUGGAUCAGGUAGGAGAGGUUCAGAGGAGCGUCCUGGACAGGCUGUACAAACCAGCAGCGACAGAUAACACCUCCGAGGACACCGCCUUGCCGGGUACGGCGGCAGAGUCUCCAGACAGCAUGGCUUCCAGUGGGUGCGAAGGAGCAGAGGUGCUUAGCAAUAACACCACCGGCUACGACACCCGAAGCGGCAGUGAGGAGCAGAUCCCUGCCAUGGGCUUCCCGGACGACGUGAGGCUCCCUCCCAGCAACUCCCAGGAGCUGCUGACUUACUCCAAGGCACGGCCGCGCACAGCCAGUGAGCUGCUGCUGAGCAGGCACGUCUCCUUUGAGGAGCUGGAGGAGUCUGAGCGCUUCUACCACUCACAGAACCGCUUUCUGCAGCUGCUGCUGGCCUGCUACCACUUUGUGGCCGGACACUCGGACCUGCUCUGCUACUUUAUCAUCAUCCUGAACAACAUGGUGACGGCCUCCGUCAUCUCGCUGGUCCUGCCCAUCCUGGUCUUCUUGUGGGCUAUGCUGUCCAUCCCACGGCCCAGCAAGCGCUUCUGGAUGACGGCAAUCGUCUACACAGAGGUGAUGGUGGUGGUGAAAUACCUCUUCCAGUUCGGCUUCUUCCCCUGGAAUAGCUAUACCACCCUGGUGCGCUACGAAAGCAAGCCCUUUUUCGCACCGCGCAUCCUGGGCCUGGAGAAAAUGGACAACUACAUCAAGUACGACCUGAUCCAGCUGAUGGCUCUCUUCUUCCACCGGUCCUUGCUCCUGAGCUACGGGCUGUGGGAUCACGAGGAAGAGGUCCUGGCCAAACAUCCUCUUGAAGCAGCAGAGCCUGUGGCUUCCACCGAGAGCAAAGAGGUGGCUGAGACUUUGGUGGAAGCUGACGUUGGGGCAGAAACCGUGGUGGAUCAGGAGGCGGAGCCCAAGGUGCCCAAGGGAAUCCGCUCACGGUUCCGGAAGAAAAAGGAGAAGAAGAAGAAAAGGAGCCAGGCUCUGAAAGAGCAGGGAGAGGAAGAGGAGCAGCAGGGAGAGGAGCAGGAUCCGAAGCAAAAGGACAAGAAGUCCAGCCCAUCCAAGGAGAAGUUGAAGGCUGCUGGACUGAGAGUGAAGAGCUUCUUCGUCUCUGCAGCAGAGCGCAUGUUCCAACCACUGCAGCGGUUCUUCCAGGACAUUUUGCACAGCAAAUACCGUGCUGCCACCGAUGUCUAUGCCCUCAUGUUCCUUGCUGAUGUGGUCGACUUCAUUAUCAUCAUCUUUGGUUUCUGGGCUUUUGGGAAACACUCUGCUGCGGCCGACAUCACUUCCUCCCUCUCAGACGACCAGGUGCCGCAGGCCUUCCUGGUGAUGCUGCUCAUCCAGUUCUCCACCAUGGUCAUCGACCGGGCUCUCUACCUCCGCAAGAGCGUCUUGGGCAAGCUGGUCUUCCAGGUCUUCCUGGUCUUUGGCAUCCACGUAUGGAUGUUCUUCAUCUUGCCUGCAGUCACUGAGAGGAUGUUCAACCUGAAUACUGUGGCCCAGCUAUGGUACUUUGUGAAAUGCAUCUACUUCGCUCUGUCGGCUUACCAGAUCCGCUGCGGCUACCCUACUCGCAUCCUGGGGAACUUCCUCACCAAGAAGUACAACCACCUCAACCUCUUUCUCUUCCAAGGCUUCCGCCUGGUGCCUUUCCUGGUGGAGUUGCGGGCCGUCAUGGACUGGGUCUGGACAGACACCACCCUGUCUCUCUCCAACUGGAUGUGUGUGGAAGACAUCUAUGCCAACAUCUUCAUCAUCAAGUGCAGCCGCGAGACUGAGAAGAAAUACCCGCAGCCCAAGGGGCAGAAGAAGAAGAAGAUUGUAAAGUACGGCAUGGGGGGCCUCAUCAUCCUCUUCCUCAUCUGCAUCAUCUGGUUCCCGCUGCUCUUCAUGUCGCUCGUGCGCUCCGUGGUGGGCGUGGUCAACCACCCCAUUGACGUCACAGUCACCCUCAAGCUGGGAGGCUACGAGCCUCUCUUCACCAUGAGCGCCCAACAGCAGUCAAUCCAAGAGUUCACCCCCAAGGACUAUGAUGCGUUAACGAACGAGUUUGUGCGGCAGCCGGUGGCCAUGCAGUUCAUCACCCUUUACAGUUAUGAGGAUAUCGUGACGGCACGCAUUGAGGGCAGUUCGGGCUCGCUAUGGAGCAUCAGCCCACCCAGCCGGGAGCAGCUGUACCGAGAGCUGAAUAAUGGCUCCUCUGCCAUCACCCUGCGCUUCACGUGGAACUUCCAGCGGAAUCUUAGCAUAGGAGGAACAGCAGAGUACACCUCUGAGAAGCACACAAUGGAGCUGGGGCAACAAGACAACGUGCGGAGAGAUUUGGCAAGGCUGCUGCAAGGCACCCACAACGAGUUUGUUAAAGUUCCCAAACUCUUUCCUCCCUAUAUUCGUGCACCUAACGGCCCUGAAGCCAAACCUGUUGAGCAGAUGCUGCCAGAGGAUGAGGACAGCUACUGGGACGUAGAGGUGCAACUGAAGCGGCAACAGGUGGGAAUUGAGAACGGCAGUGCCAACUUCCUUGAGUGGUGGGUGAUUCGGUUGGCCAACUGCCAGGAACAGGACUGCAACAUCCUACCCAUGGUCAUUUUCAAUGACAAAGUCAGCCCUCCCAGCCUCGGUUUCUUGGCAGGAUAUGGGAUCAUGGGCCUCUACGUCUCCAUUGUGCUGGUGAUUGGCAAGUUCGUGCGGGGCUUCUUCAGUGAGAUCUCUCACUCCAUCAUGUUUGAGGAGCUGCCCUGCGUUGACCGCAUCCUAAAGCUGUGCCACGACAUCUUCCUGGUCCGUGAGACGGGCGAGUUGGAGCUGGAGGAGGAGCUGUAUGCCAAGCUCAUCUUCCUCUACCGCUCGCCGGAGACCAUGAUCAAGUGGACACGCGAGAAAGAGUGAGGAGUCGCUACCACAACAGAGCCAAGCAGCCCGCAAAACACGAGGACAGGUGUUGAGAAAACACCACCUUCUCUCUCACUCUCUCUAAGGGGCGGAUGCAGAGCCUAAAGAUGGACCUGGAGAGGAUGCUGAUCUCCUCCUACUGCUGGACCUGGAAACUGCCUCUCUCCCCCACCUGCCUUUUACUUAACCUCUGUGGGUGGGGCAGCCUCUUAACCUCUGAGCCAAACCUGCUGCUCCACUGCCUUAGGAGGAGGAGGAGGGGAAUACUGUCACUCUUUGCAUCAGAUUUCCCUUUUUGAAACGGCUGAACGGGAAGCACCUUUGCACUCUCCGAAGCCCCUUACCCUCCUGGGUUAUUCACAGCAGCACAAGGGGGUGUUUUGCAAAGCAGGAAGUCUGCAACCAUUUGCUGAUUGACUUGCGGUGUUGUAUCCUGCUGAAAAGCCCACUGUAUGCACAGCAAUAACCUGUUUGCAUCUCCCUCUCCCCCUGCAAAACAAAAGAAUCUGGGGGUACAGAGCUUCUCUCCCCCCCCCCCACUUCUUGUUCUCACAUUGCCACAAACACUCCCCCACCCACAACCGAGUGCCAUAGUCUAGGCAUCACUACGUGCCAACCCCAGCUGCUGGAAACAAAGGGGUGGCUGGAGUCUAUUGACUUUUUUUCCUAAAGGAGGUGGUUUUAUUUAUACAGAUCUAUAUAAUAAAACUUUAAAAAGAAAAA